AAUUAUGGUUAUGUAAUAUUUUUGUUUAUAUUUUAUAAAAGCUUCCGUCAACUUUUUUUGGGGGCAGAAAAUUAUUCUAGUUCUUUAAUAAAAGCUGCCUAUCUCCUCCAUUGAUGUGGUUCAUUCAUACCUACGCCAACUCAAGUCGUUAUGUGUCCUGCAAUAAUGAAUCAAAAAAUGAUAAGGCCUAAUUUUGCACAGGAAUUGAAGAAAAUGAUCAGACAAUUACGAGGAUCGGAAAACAUAUUCGACUACAAGAGUACGGUGGCAAAUCAGCUCUACCUGUUGUAUUGUUUCAGCGGUAAUAUAUAUUUCACUGAUAAAAUUAGCAAACGAGUGAAAUUUCUCUGCUACAGUGUGAUAUUAUGCCAACUUUUGAUCUCGUAUAGCAUCGGUUUAACGUAUUUUCGGGACAUCAUGUCAGCCUCGAAUAAAAAUUUCACGAUGAUGUUCGACGUUUCCAGCGUAUUCGGUUGUUAUCAAAUAAUCGAGUUCGGGUUCCCACUGAUUUCUUAUUUUUACGGCGAUCGAAUCGAAACGAUGAUCGAUCACGUUGACGCAAUUUUAUCAUCAGAGUGUACCUUAAAUCAGAAUGAAAUCAUGGCUCACGCGAAAGAAAAAUGUCGCUUGUUUAUGGGGCUGUUCGCGAUAUUUUGCUUGGUGUACUUAUCAGCUGGUAGUUUCGAGGUGAUAUUGUUUUUCGACGAAGCUAAGAUCAAGAAUUAUUUGUACUACGCGGCUCCUCCUCCUUUGAUCGGACAAAUCGAGGGGUUACUAAUGUACUUUAUUUUCAACUGCGUUUUGGCCUCAUCUUAUAUACUCGCGUCGCUCAAAGUAUGGUCGGUAUUGUCCAUCGUGUUGUACUGGAAUAUAAUAUGUUGCGAUCAGUUGGUAAGUUUACGCGAUGGGCUUGGUACCAAAAUGCGCGAUUUUGCAGAAUCUCAAGAAUCAUGGAAUACCUGGAAUGUAAUUUUUGAACGCAAUGUGGCGAAUUGCGCGAAACGGUUUCAAAAUAUUAUGAGAUUAGUCGAUUACCUGAGAGGAUUCACCGAGACAAUAGCUUCGUUCUACACUCUGGCUAGUUUUGCUUUUAGUGUUUUAUGUCUUCAUGUCUGCGUGUUGGUAAGGUCCACCUAUUGUUUUUUUUUGUUCAUGUGGAAGUCCAUAGACCUUCACCUACUGCAUAUGUACAUAUAUUUAACUUAAUGAACUUUUCCAAUGUUAGCAAGUACCUACCUAAGUAUACAGUCUAUAUAUUUCAGCAACCUCAUUCAUUGAUUUUAUAAUUAUUGUGUUGCAGAGCGACCUAGCAUUCUUGUUGAAAGUGAAAUCAGCGUUAUUCCUAUUUUAUUGGAUCGGACAAAAUUUAAAUAACUCGGUAAUAUGAAAUAAAAAUAAAAGAAAAGAAAAGAAAAGGUACCUAAUUGACUUCAUUCAUUUGACUUACUAGAUGACCAAACUAUCGAUGGCUGUUUAUUCCACUCCUUGGUACGAGUCGGUGAGGAUGAGAAAGAACGUCCACCUUCUGUUAUGUCAAACACAAUCGAUGAAGGAUUUUGAAAUUAUCAAAGUAUACAGAAUGCUUUUGAAUAAUUGUUCCAAAUAUUUGAAUGGAGUAUUCUCAUUGGCAAAUUUUCUGCGAAAGCUCGACACAAGUAGACAGUUGAAUUUUAUGUAGACCUAGUCGUACAUACUUAUACUCAAACAAGCAAAGCCCAGAUGUAAAAUAUUUUAACGCAAAAGAAUCACUUCGAUUCGGACACAUAACUUGAUUUUUCAAUUUUUGGUGAAUUUUUGAAAAUCAAAGGAUCAAAAAAGAAAAAAAAAUCAUCAAAUUGACUUGGAAAACUAAGAUGUGUAUGUGGUUCGAGCAUAUUUUGGAAGGGGAAUCGGAAACAAAAAUGUUGAAUAAUUUAAAAUGUUCAAGAAGGAUACUAUUAUAUAUUUUGUACUUGACAAAAACAUUGAUUUGGUCAAUUGCAAGGUUGGUGGUACUGGAAUCCAAAAUCAAAAAUUCACCAUUUUCUGCGUAAUUUUUCGUUUUUUCACAACUCCAACAGA